CCGAGUGCGCACGCUGACAUGGCGUGCUUGGUGUGGUGAAGUUUGCGCAGUUCUGUUUGUUUCUCUUCUCCCUCUUUCCCGAGGAGAGGAGGAGGAAGAGGAGGAGAGAGAGGGAGGAGAGAGAGGGAGACACGCUCCUCUGCCGGGGGCAGACCCAUCCGUAAGAGCCGCUCGGUAAGGACUGGACCAGCACACCGAGUCUCAGCGACACGGACGCGGCCGUGUGUCCGUCACCAUGCCUGUCCGACAGAAAGAUGCACAGCGGGCCCUGGAACUCCUCCAGCAGUAUCGUGCCAAGCUCGACCAGAGACAACAGAACCAGAUCAAGAACAAACAGGGCCAGAGAGAGGUGGACCGCCAGCUCCGAGAGUCUCUCGACAGAGUCAUCACGGUCUUCCAGAGCCAACUGUUCAAUGCUUUGCUAGACAUUCAGGAGUACUAUGAGUUGACCCUCCAGGGAGAGCGCCACCUUUCUGCAGACCAGCCAGAUGUUCCGGUGGAGCUUCCUGCCUCCUCCGGCCAGCCAGCUGAACUCCCAAACCCCACUCUGCCAGCGUCUGCUCCUCCUAGCUCCCCUCCCCGUGGAGAACAGGCUCAUCCCGAGUCUCUUACUCCCAGACGUAAAUCAGUCAAAUCUCCUGCCCCACCCAUCCCGGUGGGACCCGCAGGUGCUAAGUCCUCCAGCACUACAACCCAGUCUAGUAUACCUCAAACACAGCCAGUGAAAGUCAAGUACCGCGCUCCUCCUCCUCCUGUCCAACCUGGAGCCUCCAACUCAGUUGUGGCUGGAUCUUCUAAAAUCUCCUCUCCCUCCACUCCCAACUCUUCUGGAGUCAUAGUGAAUGGAGUGGAUCCCUUUGCCACCUCCUCUUCCUCUAAAUCAUCACCUGAAGUGUUGUUGAAUGGAGCGGGGAAACCUUAUCCUGUGACCACCACCAUCCUCCCUCCGGAGAGCGCCACUAUCUCAUCUGCCGCAUCUGAACCUGUCUCGCCCGCCCACAGCCUCGGUACUGUCUCAGCCCUCGUCUUCGGUACUAUCCAAGGCCUCGUCGCGCCAGCUAGCCCGGAAGAACUCACUCCCACUAGCACUCCUCCUACUACUGGCCCGAGCCCAGACAGAGUAGUCUGUACCUCAACCCCAGGUGAAGUCAUCACCCCGACCUCGACUGCACCCGCCGCCACCCGGGACCCGGCCGAGGCAGCCCCGGUCCUCAGGUCCUCUGCCAUCAAUUCUCCCAGCAGCCCCAACGCCAGUAUCAGCUUGGCCAAAGUCACCCUUAGCCCAACCAGCCCCAGCCCAGGAAAAGUCAACUUCUGUGGGCCCGUGGCCAAAGGAUCAUAUUUGAGUCCAAGCAGCCCUGACCCAGUUAAAGUCCCCUCCACCAGUCCGAUCCAUGCCCCCGCUAAGCCCAAGUCAGCUUCAGUUCUCCAGCCAGGCUCUCUGUCUGCCUACAACAAGGCCAACCCCCCUCCAGUAGUGGUCAACACUGACAGCAUCGACACACCCCCAUAUGUCAAUGGCACAGAAGCAGACUAUGAGUACGAGGAGAUCACCCUGGAGCGGGGUAACUCAGGCCUUGGGUUCAGUAUUGCAGGGGGGACUGAUAACCCUCACAUUGGAGAAGACCCCUCCAUCUUCAUCACCAAGAUUAUACCUGGUGGGGCAGCAGCCCAGGAUGGCCGACUCAGGGUAAAUGACUGCAUCGUGCGAGUGAACGAGGCAGACGUCAGGGAGGUGACCCACAGCGGGGCCGUGGAGGCGCUGAAGGAGGCGGGAGGUCUCGUCAGGCUGUACAUACGACGGAGGAGGAGCCUCACCGAGAAAAUCCUGGACAUCAAACUGGUCAAAGGGCCCAAAGGGUUGGGAUUCAGCAUAGCAGGUGGAGUUGGUAACCAGCAUGUCCCGGGAGACAACAGCAUCUACGUCACGAAGAUCAUCGAGGGAGGCGCCGCACACAAAGACGGACGGCUGCAAAUAGGGGACAAGCUGCUGGCUGUGAACGGCUCCUGCUUAGAGGAGGUCACUCACGAGGAGGCGGUGGCUGCUCUCAAGUCGACUCCGGACGUGGUGUACCUUCGAGUGGCCAAACACACCACCCUCUUCAUCAACGACAGCUUCCCCCCUCCUGAUGUUACUAACUCCUAUUCCCCUCAUCAGGACAACCACAUAAGCCCCUCCUACAUAAGCGGAAGUCAGUCUGUAAGCCCCGCCCCCUUGACUACGCCUAGAUACUCACCGCUCCCGAGGGGCAUGGUUGGAGAUGAUGAUGUCACCAGAGAGCCGAGGCGGGUGGUGCUCCAGCGGGGAUCCACGGGUCUAGGUUUUAACAUUGUCGGUGGGGAAGACGGAGAGGGGAUCUUCAUCUCCUUCAUCCUGGCUGGAGGCCCGGCCGACCUGUGUGGGGAGCUGCGUAAGGGAGACCGCAUCCUUUCGGUAAACGGGGUGGACCUGUCCAGCGCGACACACGAGCAGGCAGCAGCAGCGCUGAAGAACGCUGGCCAGACAGUCACCAUCGUAGCACAAUACAGACCAGAGGAGCUGAUCUUGGACCAUCUUAGAGAGCCGAGGCGGGUGGUGCUCCAGCGGGGAUCCACGGGUCUAGGUUUUAACAUUGUCGGUGGGGAAGACGGAGAGGGGAUCUUCAUCUCCUUCAUCCUGGCUGGAGGCCCGGCCGACCUGUGUGGGGAGCUGCGUAAGGGAGACCGCAUCCUUUCGGUAAACGGGGUGGACCUGUCCAGCGCGACACACGAGCAGGCAGCAGCAGCGCUGAAGAACGCUGGCCAGACAGUCACCAUCGUAGCACAAUACAGACCAGAGGAGUAUAGUCGUUUCGAGGCAAAGAUUCAUGACCUGAGAGAACAGAUGAUGACCAGCAGCGUCAGCUCCAGCUCCACAUCGCUUCGCUCCACCCAGAAACGCACUCUUUAUGUCAGAGCAUUGUUCGACUAUGAAAGCAACACGUCAGAUCUGAGCGCGCCAAAUCAAGCCUUGGCUUUCCGUUUCGGUGACAUCCUCCAUGUGAGCAGCGCUGGUGAAGAGGAGUGGUGGCCCGCCCGUCACCUCAGCCCCCCCGCCCCCCACCGCCCAGAGGUUGGGGUCAUCCCGAGUCGCAGGAGGUCAGAGUUCAAAGGGUGCAGCCUGUCGGUAAACCAGGAAACAGGUUUUCUUGUUCACGGCGUGCCAGCCGGUGAUGUCACCGGUGGGUACAGUUUCAGCGGCGUUCCAGAGACACACAGCAGGCUGCUCCGUAUUAGGGCUUCUAAUGGAGAGGUAUCCCUAUGUAACGACCACGGAGGCCUAGACUCGCUGGCCCGUGGCUAA